UUCAUAUCAUUUCAAAUAAAUUCAAAUAUUUCAAAUUAUUUUGGGAAAUUAAAGCUUACACGUUUUCAACAACAAGCAAAUAAUUUUAACACCAUUUAUUUUUGUUAAAUUUGUAUAAUUUUUUUGGGAAAAUUAGUUUGAAGGAAGAAAAUACAACUUGCAAAUAAACAUGGAUUGUUCAACUUGUAAAAUAAAUAAAAUUUCACCUGAAAUAAAUCCAUUUGGUGGCUACUUCUGCAGCAAUGAACAUCUGCAGUGCAAUGAAUGUAAUACCUUAUCGAAAGGACAUUGUGGUCUUUGCAAUGCCAGUACAAAGUUUGUACAAAUGAAUUUUAAGUCCUCAGAUGAAGCACAACAUAAUACAUCACAGUUAAAUUCCAGAGAAACCAUUAAAAAGAAUGUCAUGGCAAACGACUCGAAACAGAUGAAUGAAAUGGAAACAUUAUUUGUAGGUUUUCCAACAGAAAAUUCAGUUUCUUUUAUUGACAACUCGAAUCAUCAAGAUGUCGGAAAGAACUUUAAUGAUUUAAAAAAUAAAAAUUUAUUAAAUGAAAAUAUAUUUUGUUUUGAAGACGAUCCUAAUGAAACUUAUAUACCAACAUCUGAAAUUCGUUUUAUGGAUUCCACUGAAAGUUUUCAAAAUUUCUAUGCCAAACCAAAAACCGACGAACUGGCUUGUGUAUUAAACAACAAUGACCAACAACAGAAUUCUCUAUCAUUGAAAGUUUUAAGUAAUUUUGAAACUCAGAACUCUGUUGAUAAAACAGAAAUUGUUAAGAAUUAUUUAGAAAGUUGUUGUACAACAUCAUACCACCAGUCACCAGAGUACAACUGUCAACAUUCCCAUUAUCAGUUUGGUUGUCCAACAAACAAUUCAAAAAUGGAAACAGCAAUGAAAACCGUAAGUGUAUCAACCGAUUCAAAUCCAAGCCUAAAAUCAACAUGUUUAGACACAACAGAAGCUAAAUUGGUCGCUAAAUUUAAAACACGAGAUUAUUUAAUUAUGCAAGCAGUGAGUGUUCCUCCUCCCAUUCCGAGUACAGCCAAUUUGCCAUUAGAAAAAUAUGGUAAACCAAGUAUGGAUACAGUACGAAUGCAAAAAAUUCUGGAAACUUUUAAGGAGGAUCUAUAUGCAACAAAAUUUCCCGAAAUGUCAAAUUUUAUUAAACUUUCAGGACAAGUUCCAAUAAAGCAACAACAAGGGAAGAAUGAAACUGAAACACGAAGUUUAAAAAAGGAAGAUAAAAAUUAUUUUUUAAUUACAAAAUUAGUUAAUGCACAUAGGGCUGUUUAUAGUCCUCCAAAUCCACCAAUAGCUCCAGUUAAUAAUUUACACUUGCUACCGCAACCGCAAUCACCUCAACAAGAACCGCCUUUGCCACAGUUUCAAACAGUGCCCUGUUCCUCCGUUUAUGCGCAAGAACUUCUCCAAAAUCAAAAAAGGCGUUUAAGUCUUAAAGCAGUUCCAGCUUGUGAACUUAAUAUACCACGACAACCGAUACAGUGUCCUGAAUCAAAUUGUCAUAAAAUUAUAUUUGUAUCGGAUUUCAAUAAACAUUUGGUCGUUGAUCACAACCAUCUGCCCAUGGAACGCAUAAUUCCCUAUCAGUGCAAAAAUUUCUUUUUAGAUGCACGUUUAGCCCACUGUGGUACUAGUAAAUGCCAUUUAUUGUAUUUAAUGCAAAAUAAAAUUACCGAUUUGGGAAGCAGUGAAUAUAAGGACUUUCUUCCCGUACUGGUCAUGACCACACGAAUUUCCCUUAAUGAAAUGUGUGGUUUAAAAGAUCGACCAUCCACCAUGGAAUUUUUUCUCGUAUGGAUUACGGGAAUUGCUCCUGAAGAAUUUCCCGUAUUUGUAUCAUUAACUAUUUGGUGUAGAUCAGGCAGGGUGCCCUCAUACCAUACUGUGUAUUCCGGAGAAAUGUAUUCUAUUCGGGAAUCUCAACGGGCCUUAGAUGUUUGGCAAAGUGGCCGUAUGAUUUUAUUAUCCAGCCAUGAAAUUGAUAAAUUAACUAAUGGUGGCCAGGAAAUGUUAAAUUUACAACUGAGUGUUCACUGAUUUGAAAAGUAAAGGAGAGCUGCUGUAACAAAAAAACUAGUAAAAAUUGGAAUUUUUUAUCCUUAAUGUUUAUAUUUUAUAAUUUAUACCAAUACAUAUUAUGAUGGCUUACAAAAAAUCAUGUUUGAUUAUAAAAUCUGUUAUUGGUCGCUUUUUAUUAAAAGUAUUGGGCAAAGGAACUUAAGUUUACUUCUCUACACUAAAUCGAAUCCAAAUCCAAUAAGAACAUUUCCAUCACAUCAGACUUUUCAGAUAUCUUAGCUCAAAGUUUGAAAAACUUAGUUGUUUAUGAAACGUUGCAAUAGGGUUAACGAUACAUCCAAAAAAUUGGAUUCAACAUAAAAGUUUAACAAAUUUUGAGAUAUCUUAAUCUAAAGCUUGAAAUAACUACUGAAUUAAAAAAAUAUUUGUUUAUCUUUAAAGAGCGAUAUUUAAAAAAAAGAAAGGAUAUCUCAACAAAUUAAUAAGUGUAAGCAAACUAUAUCUACUAUCUCUGGUUUAAAAUUUUGAACUUACAAAUUUGUUUGUAAAUGAACACUGUGUGGUGAAAUUGUAUUUUUACUAAUCCCUAAAAGUAUGCACUAGAAAUUAUGGGAGUAUAUUAUAUAUAUUAUUUUUUAAAAACCAAUUAAUUACCUUUAUUAUUUAUACAAUUUAUUUUUUCUCAUUGUAUCUUCUAACACAAAUGUGAAAGAAAUAUUUGACUUUUACGUUAUACUUUGACUUUUACAAUAUAAUUUUGUUAGAAAUUUUUUCAUAAACAAAAUUUAAAGUUUUUUUUAAAUAAUUAUCCAAUUUUUUUUUUUUGAAUUUGUUACAAAAUGUCAAACGGUGCUUUACCCAAACAACAAGCAUCAUGUUCAUCAUUAAGCGGUCAUUUGAAUACACACAAUUCGAGUAGUGAGCUGUUUGAAUUGAAACCCAAACCAAAAUUAUUUUGUAUUCCAGAAAAUUGCACCAGAUUUUUUAAUGAUUUAAGGAAAACACAAUCUUUAAAUGUUCACAAAAAAGUGGACCAUCCUGAGAAAUCAUGGUCAGUCUUAUAUGUUGGCUCUAAAAGUUAUGAUGAUGAGAAAAAAAGGUUUAUGAUGUGAUAAAGAAAUCAAUCAAACAUUGACAUAAAAUUAAUUAUUAUUGUUUUAAAUUUACAAUUUAUUCAUUUUUAUUAAAUAUUUAUAAAA